AUGUUCGCCAAGACCGCCGCUUUCGCUGCCCUCGCCGCUCUCGCCGGCUCUGCUGUUGCCCAGAAGUGCACCCGCACGUACGCUGUCCAGGAGGGUGACUGGUGCGACACCAUCUCUGCCUCGCAGAACGCAUCUACGUACCAGCUCAGCACCGUCAACCCCACCAUCAACGACCUCUGCGCCAACCUCGAGAUUGGCUGGAACCUGUGCCUCGGUCUCGAGGGCAGCGACUGCCAGACGACCUACGUCGUCGAGCCCAACGACACCAUCGAGAGCAUCGCCGAGAAGUACAGCACCAACUCUUCCACCGUCCUCGCCAACAACCCCCAGCUCGAGAAGGACAGCUCGAACCUCUACAUCGGCGAGGUCCUCGCUCUCUGCGGCAACGUUACCGUUCCUGAGGCGACCUCGACGUCCCCCACCGCCGCCGUCCCUGCGCACGCGGAGACCGCCGGUGACGACGACUGCUAA